UGAAAGCAGCUCAGCUUUACACAAAGCCUGUCCUUCAUGCUUCGUUCGGUUGUAUUUCCUUCUCCUUGUCCAUUUGAAGAGCAUUUACACAAGUAAUCAUGUCUUCAGUGAAAGUUAUGCUUGUAGUUUCUCUCUUCAUCCUUGCUGUGAAGCCCAAUUCAGGUUUGCUUAAAGUGGAAUGCCUACCUGCAGUUGGAAUUCUUGCUCAGACCACAGUUAUCAGAUGCGUUUUCAAAAACAAAGAUAUUCACAUACUUGGAGUUUAUUUAACAAAAACUGGACAGAACAAGCCAUUUUUUAGUCAAGUCGGUUCAGAAAGUUCAGGAGAUCCACGCUUUAGUCUUGAAAACUUAGCAGUGGGUCCAUCUCUGCAAAUCUCUGACACAAUGUUUUCUGAUGAGGGCAAAUAUGAGUACCGUGUUGUAACGGACAGUGGUUUUAAAGAAAUACAACUUAGCAUCAGUGUCAGAGCAAAGUACAAGGAUCCUGUCACAAGCACAUGGCCUAAAAAUGUAACCGAUGGAGGACCUGCCAGCCUUUAUUGCAAUGCUACUGAUGGAUACCCAGAGGGCUUCAUCCAUUGGUUUGACCGUUCUGGAACCAACUGGACCAUAAAUUCAGAGCUGACAAAAGUCCCCAAGAACAUCAGCGGUGUAAAAUCUGUGGCUUUGUCUAGCAAACUGACUUUCAAGUCUAUCAACUUGGGCCUGGCACCAUUUAGAUGCAUCGUCUUUAAUAGCAAAUAUGUACAAGAUGGAGAAAACACAUUGAAGAUCACAUCUGCUAUAAGUGAUGUUAACAAGGAUUCUUCCAGAUCUAAUGCAACAAACAUUGUCGCUGGUGUGAUGGUCAUUGGAUCGCUUAUUGUCGGCCUGCUGUUUGCUCUGUUGUGUUUCAAAAAAAGAAAUGCUCAUCGUAAGGAUACCUUUAACAAUCAUUCUAAGGAUGGUAGACGACCUUCUGCCCAUCCUAUUCUAAGCUAUGAAACAGGAAGGGCUGAUGAAGAUGAUGUGGAAAAUGGUGACAGCAGUCCUGAGAAGCUUCAGUAGAUGAAAUUGAAACUAUAAGCCCUGAUUUUCAUACUGAGGUCAGUAGAGCAGCCAUUUGACUGAAACAAAAGUGAAGCCACAAGGAAAAUGGCAGCUGUUGCAAUAAUGACAGACUAAACAAUCAGUUCUCCUUAUAUUUACAAUCAAAUGUGGGUUUAGAGAUCAUGUACACUAAUAACUGUCAAAUUUAUUGCUACAUCAAUGUAAACAGAGUUUUAUUAAAGAGGUUCUUGGAGGUUUGCUGAAAAUUAUAGGAAAGAUUGUUUUGUUUUGUUGUGUUUUUGUAAAAAAAAUUUUUAUGGCUGUCAAGGUUAAUGUAAAAUUGGUUAAAUAUGUCAAUUACUUUAUAACAGUAACCAGCUUAUACAAACAAUAAAAAGCAAUGUUAUUACUGUUUCCUUUUUGUUCUGCUUUCUUAAACCUGGUCAGAAAUCAUAAAUCAUUAUUCAAGGUUAUUUUAAAUUAACAAAUUUAACAAAAUGACAGCUGUAAUUUUCAGCAAUAGGAAUAAUAUACAAACCUAAAUCUAGUUUUGUAAAAACUGUUUUGUAUCCAUCUAUGAGGUUUCUCCUCACUACAGUCACUUUUGGCUUUACUUUUGGUAAUAUUUUUCAAUAAAGCAUCUUAGUAACAAUAUUAAUGCUUAUUCAGUAAGCCUUAUACAAAUAUAUUUGAAUUAAAUUUAGUUUCUCAGCUUUAUACAUUAAACAUACAUCAUGUUAAUGCAAAAAAAUAUAUAAUUCACAUAAAAUGUUAUGUAAUUGUGUCUGUACUGCUGCCAUUGUAUCACUGGUCACUUACGCUUCACCUCAAUGAUAAUUCAACUUUCAUUUUCAGAUUGAUGUAUUCAUUUAAAAGUGAAGUGAAUGAUGCAUGAUUUGUAAUGUGGAGAUUUUUCAGCAAGUACAGCAACUGUGAAUGAAACUGUGUACCAAUAAGAGGAGUAGUUUCUGUUAAUACAAGGAAUGCUGUGGUUUUGAAGUAGGAGGGGUCAGGAUUAAGGAUGUGUGUGUUUUCUCUCCUGAUUUGGAAUAAAACUAUGAAAGAUAUGCCUGUUUGUAAAAUAGUCUGCAGAGAGACCUUGAAUCUUUAAGCACUUUUGUAUUUCUUGUUUUGUUUUUAACCUUACUGUAAUAAAAGUAAUUUAAAAAAUGA